UCGUCUGCUGUGUUCAAACGUCACUUUUCAGAAGUUGCCACGAAUGCAGAGCGGCGUGAUGUGGAAGUUAGUAAGCUGCACACUGUGCCUCUUUGUCUCCUCACAGAUCACUUUAUGGUCUGUUUCGGCUGCUGCAGAUGAUUCGGACGGAGAGGUCAAGAUUGAAGUUUUAUUCAAGCCCGAGCAGUGCAACCCAAAGAGCAAGAGAGGAGACCUGAUAAACGCGCACUAUGACGGCUACCUCGCCAAAGAAGGGACUCAGUUCUACUGCAGUCGGUCGGACAAAGAUGGACACCCUCAGUGGUUUGUGCUGGGUGUCGGACAAAUCAUCAAGGGCCUGGACAUAGGGAUGACUGAUAUGUGUGUUGGAGAGAAACGAAAAAUCACUGUUCCACCUUCCCUGGCCUUUGGAGAAAAGGGCAAAGAUCCUGUGCCGCCCAAUGCUACAGUGAUAUUUCAGGUGGAGGUCUACUCUGUGACCCGGGGGCCGCGCAGCAUGGAGGCGUUUGGAGAGAUGGACCGUGAUAAAGACAAGAGUCUUACAAAGGAUGAGGUGAAAGAAUACUUGAAACUUCAGUAUGAAAAAGGGGGGAAGCCAAACGAUGACCCUUUCUAUGAGAAGAUCAUGGCCGAUAUUUUCCAGAAGAACGACAACGACAAAGACGGACAGAUCAGUGCGAACGAGUAUAAUAUUUAUCAGCAUGACGAGCUCUAGUGACUGAUGUAGUCGUAGUUUUAACGUUUAUCUGCUUUGAGUUACUAAGAGAGAAAACAAGAGUACAUAAGGAAAGAAUCAACCGUUGAAUAUUCUUACAUCCUUUCAAUCUGUUCAGGUUGUAGUUUUUAGUUUUUUUUACUUUACAGGCUCCAUAACUUCUGGUUCAGUGAAAACUUUAUUAGAGUUGACGUCACCCAGUGCAAUCUUUUAGCAUCGCUUCAAUGAGUGCCUGACUCCAAAACCAAACCAUCAUUCUUAUUCCUGUUCGGUUGGAAAUCGUACUAUUGUUCAAACAUUAUUGCAGUAAAUUUCACAAUGACACACCCUUUUUUUUUAUUGUAUCAGACCAGUUUACUAACGGACAUAUUGUGAGAGAGUUAAAAGUCUUGAUGUGAUCUAACAUACUGGAGCUGCAGCCUCAUCUGAAGUUGAAAAUAUUUGAAUAGUUUCACGGUGGAUCGUUUUUUUUGUUUUUUUAAAGCAGGCAUGAAAUAAAAGUGAUGUAAUAUUUGAAAAAGCUUUCUAAACAGAAUAACUAGUCAGUCUGUUUUAGCAUUAAGUAGCAAACUCUGCAAUUCAGAAGGUUUUGUACACCUGUGAAAAACUUUGAUUUUUGUAAAAAUGCCACUAAUUUUUUAGCAUUUGGAAUGUAUUUCUCCCUCAUGUUUGUAAGUUUAAGUGUUUUGUUGGACACAAAUUGAAUCUUGCAGCACAAAGACGAAAAGAAAAUUGCACAAUGUGGUACAAUCGGUGACUUGAUGUCUUUCCUGUGAAUUUCCUGCCCUUUAAUCUGCAUUAUUACAGGAGUGUACAGACCCACAGAUAGAUGUGUAUUUAUAUGAAAACGAAAAAGUAAUCACUCUCUUUUUCCUCCUCACAGAGAAGGUCAAGUAUAACAAUCCAAUAAUAAAGAUAAUGUGUCUGUGACGGAGAAGUUUGAACAGAACAUGGCGUUGCUUUGUGUCUUGUCAGACAUGUUUACACAUUUUGUUUGCAUCUUUUUUGUGGUUUAUUAUCAUUCACCUUUAUCCAGCUGAUCUGUUAUCCACCACUGUAUCAAGCUGAUAAAUGAUGCAAUAAAUAAAACAUGGAAAACAA